UGGGGCUUUGGGCGGUGCUGUCGGGGCGGCCGCCACCGCAGGGAUUGUUGGGCGAGAGGCGGGGAAGGCGGUUGUCCUCCUGGCGGGGCCCGCCGGCAGCAGCAUGCAGAACGUCAUCAACACGGUGAAGGGGAAGGCCUUGGAGGUGGCCGAGUACCUCACCCCCGUGCUCAAGGAGUCCAAGUUUAAAGAAACUGGAGUAAUUACACCUGAAGAAUUUGUUGCAGCUGGAGAUCACUUAGUUCACCACUGUCCUACUUGGCAAUGGGCUUCUGGAGAAGAACUUAAAGUCAAGGCAUAUUUGCCAACAGACAAACAGUUUUUGGUAACUAAAAAUGUGCCAUGUUACAAAAGGUGUAAGCAGAUGGAGUACUCAGAUGAACAGGAAGCAAUUAUAGAAGAAGAUGAUGGUGAUGGGGGAUGGGUAGACACUUUUCACAAUGCAGGUGUAGUGGGUGCAACAGAAGCAGUGAAAGAGCUCACACUAGACAGUAAGGAUAAUAUAAAAAUACCAGAACGUUCAGCAUCUUGUGAAGAUGAUGAUGAUGAAGAUGAAGGAGAAGCUGCAGACAUGGAAGAGUAUGAAGAAAGUGGGCUAUUGGAGACAGAUGAUGCAACACUGGACACAAGACAGAUUGUAGAAGCUAACAAAGCUAAAGUUGAUGUUGGAGGGGAAGAUGCUAUUCUACAGACUAGAACUUACGACCUCUACAUCACAUAUGACAAAUAUUACCAAACUCCAAGGCUCUGGUUGUUUGGAUAUGAUGAGCAGCGACAGCCUUUAACAGUAGAGCAUAUGUAUGAAGAUAUUAGUCAAGAUCAUGUCAAAAAAACAGUGACCAUUGAAAACCAUCCUCACCUUCCUCCACCUCCCAUGUGCUCUGUUCAUCCAUGCAGGCAUGCAGAAGUGAUGAAGAAGAUAAUUGAGACUGUUGCGGAAGGUGGGGGAGAACUUGGAGUUCACAUGUACCUUCUUAUUUUCUUGAAAUUUGUACAGGCAGUCAUUCCAACGAUAGAAUAUGACUACACUAGGCACUUUACAAUGUAACUAGAAUAAGAGAUGUUCUCCUCUAAUUAUCAGAUCUUUUUUUAAGUAACCCAUCCAUGUGACUUAUACAACAUUAUACACAAUUUCUGUAACUAGCCUUUUCUCGAGUUGAUGCAUUAAAAUAAAAUGUUCCAUUACCA